AUGCGAAUGCUCGUGCUUCUUUUCUUGCUGCUAGAAGCUCAAUUAUAUGACUGCUCUGAAAAAGAUACAACUUUGGUCAUCAAUCGUAUCAAUAAUCGUGUCGAAUUCUCGGAUUUAUUGCUAGAAUAUAAUCACAAUCAAGCUGAUGAAAAUAUCGUCAAUGUCAAUAUAAGUUUUAUGAUACACAGUGUUGUAAGCAUCUUUCCAAUAACAAGAUUGAAAUGCGAAAUUUUCCAACAGUGGCGUGAUUCACGUUUAAAAUAUUUUGGAACAUCAUCCAUUACGGUGAUUCCAAAAGGGACCAAAAUUUGGAUUCCUGACACAAACUUUGUCAAUUCUGAAAUAAAUUAUGGUUUGCAAUCUUCGCUUCGUCUUCAUUUUGACGGUUUAAUUAGCUGGAAGCAACAAGCAAGACUAACUAUUCCUUGCUUUCCUAAAAUUUAUUCGGAAGAGGUCAAGUCAAAGUCUGACGCAAAGCAGUCAAUUUCAAAUUGUUCAUUAAUAAUUGCAAGCUUCGAUAAUGCUGGAGCCGAAUCAAUCGUUUAUACAUUAGACAAAGUUAUUCAUUCCCUUGAAGAUCCCGCAUAUUUUGGUCAAAUAGAAAAUUAUACAAUAAUGGAAGUAAACAAUAUUUUGCUACCUCUAAUCAGUGAAUUUCGGAAACGAUCUGUGGACAAUUCAUUACUGGUUAUGUUUGACUCAGUUGAACUUUGCACUCAAUAUAAUGAAUCAAAAUGUGGACGAAAAACUUCUAAGAAAGCAAUUGAUCAAAUAAGUACUUUAGAACUUGUAGAGGUUUUUUUAGAAACUUGCACUGUUCAAGCAUACAUGGGUGAGGUACAUCACUGGCAAACGAAGCCUUGUAGAAACCUAAAUAAAAUUGUUAGUAAUAUGAUCGAAAUCGAUAACUUAAGGAUGAUUUCGAAAGGAAUUACUCAAAAAGUUUCAGCAUGGAGGAGAAUAAACGACGAAAAAUUAAGAACCGUAGAUUCUGAAGUGAUGAUUUGUUUCACAUUAAAUGAUAGUUAUUUUGCGAAUAAUAUUGAAAUUGUGACUUUUCUCGAGUAUUCUUUGCAAACGCUUUGUGGAUUUAAAAUGCAAAUGAGUGUAGAAAAAAUAAAACAAGUUGUCUUGCCAACUAUGAUCGGUCCAGAAUUAUGGAUUUCUAUAAUGCGGUCAGAGGUUCUAGGAAUCAACAUGGAACUUUUUGACUAUUAUGGAAUUGAAUGUGGUUUUGUUCGAGGAAUUCAUCUUUCUGAGAGUUGCUUGCAACGUUUCCAAAGACUUCUUGAAGAGCCGACAAAGAGUUCUAAACAAAAUAUGUCUGGCCACCAAUGUGUUGUUGCUAAAAGAUUAAAUCAAGGCUCAGUACAAGAAAAUGUCCUGGACGUUUGCAAUUUCCAUUAUGAAAAUAUGCAUGACAUAUCAGAAAGCACUCAAGAAGUGAUGAUUGAUCCAUCUGUAAAGGAUAAAGUUCGAAAAACAGUGGAAUCAAUCGCAAAAACAUCCUGCCGAGAUGAUCAUAUGUCGUUUUUAUCGUUUGGAUUUGAUUCCUUGAAAUUAGCGCGAUUAGAAUUUAUGCUGCAAACAAAGUUUUCUGAAGAAUUUUUCAUCCCCUACGGAAGUGCCCAUCAGUAUUCUACCAUAAAUGCUCUUAGUGAAUAUAUUUCAAAAAAUCUCAAGCAAGAAAACAGCACUCUAAGCAUUUUCAAGUUUUCUGCCAAUAUCGAGUUUCUGAAUAAAAAAUUGAGAAAUAUCAUCAAAAGUGGAGAAGAAAUUCCACUCUGUUCCGUACAAAAACGAAUAGUAUUUCUCAGUCAACUGUACUCAGAAAGAAAAUUCAGUUUUAUCGAAACUUUGAAGUUUAGUAUUGGAACUCUGCAAGUUAUUCAGUUUCAGAAUGCAUUCAAUAGAAUCAUAGCAAGGCAUACAGCUCUACGAACCAUUUACACAACUUCAGGUCAAACAGUUCUAUCUCUUACCGAAGCAAACUUUUCAAUUUUCUUGCGACCUGAUAGAGUAUUUCAUCCUAUUGAUUUAUUCGAUUCUGAAGUACCGAUAAGAAUUAUGAUAGCAGCACGAGAGAAAGCUGAUAAGCAAGAGAAUCAAAAGGUCGGAAGAGAUCUAGAUAAGACUCAUCAAUAUCACAAUAUACAAUAUGCUAAGGAUGAACAGAAAGAAACCUUUGAAAUUUUCAGGAUCACUGUCCAACUACAUCACAUAAUGAUUGAUGGCUUAUCGAUAAAAUUACUAAGUCAUGAACUGCGAGAACUUUAUGAUGAGAAAACUGUGCUGAAACCUUUACAAUACCAAUACACGCACUACAUGCUUCUGGAGCAUCAGCGAAAGCAGGAUUCUGAAGAUAGAAGGUCACGUGAAGAUUUCUGGAAACGAUUAGUUUCUCAAGUUGAAUUACAGCAACUACCAACAAAAAAAGCUAUAUUACAAAGUGAAAAUUUGUAUAAAAGUCACAAAUUGGUGUUUACCGUAGAUUCUAGGACUGAAGAAUGUUUGCGAAAUUUGGCAAUUCGUUGUAAUGUGACACAAUUUUCUGUACUUGUUAGCAACUUUCAACUGCUUCAGUACAAUCUGUAUGGUUUCCGAGAUACUUGUACUGGGAUAACAGUCACUCUCCGAGAAAUACCAGAAUUAUGCACAGUUAUUGGAUGUUUAUUAAAUGUUGUACCAGUAAUCAACAGCAUCGAUCCCACUGAUCAAAUCUAUAAUGCCUUAAUGAAAUCAUACCAACAAAUGAAUAAAAGUAUUCAUAAACAAAUGCCAUUCGAUGAUCUGAUUACAACUCUGCAAGUGCCGCGUGAUGGAUCAAAUUCCCCGCUUUUUCAAGUUUUAUUCAUCUUAGACGAUCAAAGUAGUGAUGACAUUGAGCACGAUAAAUGUAAUGGUGAUAACGAUGACAAAAAUGCAGAACAAAACCUUGACAUUUUUUCAAGCGAUGACUCUAAUUUUGCACAGUACGACCAAGUUUGGUAUUUCUGCUACAAGAAAAAAAUAACGAUCAAAAUCGAGUAUAAUGGGCAUUAUUUUGAUGAAAGUAUGAUAAAAGCGUACCUCUAUCAAUAUAUCAGAUUAAUUCAUCGAGUUUCACAAAACCUGUAUAUUUCUGUUGAAAACAUUGAGCUGAUAAGCUCAGAAGAAAAAUUUAAUAUUUAUCAGCAAAUGAAAGAUAAUAGAUGUGAUUUUCCAAUUAGAUCGACAGUUUUGAAUAUGAUUACCGAACAAAACAGAAUUGAUCCUUGCUGUAAUGUCAUUAUUGAAAAUGGUUUGUUAUUCUCAAGCAUAUUCCUACAACGAACAAGCAAUCAGUUAUCCAGACUUCUUGAACAAAAACUGCUCCAGUUCUGGGGCGAAAGUAUGCGAAGUGAUCAUUUUGUGAUGCUUAUUUUUGAUCGGUCAGUUUAUUUGAUUGUGAUGAUAUACGCGCUGUGGAAAUGCGGAAUUGCAGCACUUCCAGUUAAUUCUGAGAUUUCUUUAGAUCAUUUGCAUAAAAUUCUUGGCAAAGUUCAUUUGCCAACAGUCAUUUAUGAUAACAGCGUGAAAUAUGGUCGAGAUUUAGAUGAAAAUGAUCUUAAUGAGUCAUGGGAAAAGCUCAGAAAGGUGAAACAUGAAGCUAGUGCAUAUGCAUACCCUGUAUUCAAGCAAGAAAUUAACGAACUUGUCACUUCCUGUUUAGAUUAUUCUGAUCAAGAAAUCAGAAAAAAGAUCACGCAGUACAAUUUAGCCUAUUUAACAUUUACAUCGGGAAGCACUGGAAAUCCCAAAGAAAUUUGCACAGAAUUUUUAGGCCUUAGUAAUUUAGCGUUCAAUUAUGCUGAAAUGCUUAGUCUCAAUUCAAACAGUGUAAUUUACCAAAUAGUUAAUCCAUCUUUUGAUAUUUUUUUUGCUGAUCUUCUAGAAGCUCAAACAAAUGGAGCAAGUUUACAAUUGGCAAGCCAGCGAAUACCAAAUAUAAAUGAAAUGUCAAAGGUCACACAUGCAUAUAUCAUGCCAGCUUAUUUAUCAGCUAUUCCGACGCAAGAAUGGGAGAGAUUAAAAUAUUUGCAGAAAAUCAACUUUGGUGGCGAUUAUAUCCAAGAUAAAACUCUACGUGAUGCUAUUCAAGCCGGUUAUUCCUUUUAUAAUCAGUACGGAGCAACAGAAAGUUCUAUUUUUUCUACCUGCCAUUUGAUGAAAGUUUGUAAUGAAAGGAAUUUUGUUGGAAAGGCACUCAAAAAUGUUCAUCUUCUUGUACGUAAUAAUAAUAAACAUUUAUGUGAACGACGUACGCCAGGAACCUGCUGCAUUUCGGGUACAGGUGUUGCACGUGGUUAUUACGAUAAUGAACACUUGAACCAAGUAACAUUCCUGCAUAACCAUGAUUUAACUAGAUUUGAAUUGCUGCUAAACAAUGAUAACCGGUACUUUUGGACUGGUGAUUUGGUUGAGAUGCGAAAUAAUACUGGUGGCUUACUGUUUUAUGGACGAAAAGACUUUCAAGUGAAAAUUCGAGGCAUGAAAGUGGACAUCGGUCAAAUUGAGAUAAUUCUCGGCCAACAUCCGGCAGUAAGAAAUAGCAUUGUUUGCUUGCAAAAGAAUAAUGAAAGCGAUGAAAUCUUAACCGCCUAUGUCCAACUUUUUCAAGAUAAACAAGCAAAUAAAGCUUCCAUUACAAAAUGCUUACUACAGUACUUAUCAACAAAGUUACCAAGUUAUAUGAUUCCGAAGCAAUAUAAAAUCCUUCAAGAAUUUCCUGUAAAUGCUAAUGGGAAAAUUGAUCGAAAACGGCUACCGAUACCAGAAACAUUUAUGAAUUCAGAAUCCUCUCCAAGCUUUGGCUAUACGCUGGAAUUCUGGGAGAGACAAGUCAUCGAUAUAUUUGUUCAGCUAUUGCCUGAUAAAGUUAUCGAACUAGAAAAAUCGUUUUUCGAAGUAGGUGGAGAUUCAUUAAAGGCUUUGAUUGCCAUUCAAAACAUCAAGAGUGAAACAGGCAUGGCUUUGGAGCUUCAGAAAAUUUUCGAACUGUCUUCAUUCAAAGCUAUUCUACAAUAUUUGAGACAAAAGUAUAUAAUUAAUAAUUCUGGUGAAAAUACUCAGAAAUACUCAAUCAGAUCUAGAACGGUGGAAGUUUGUUCAGCAAGUGAAAUUUCAAAUUCUACUCAAACAAAAAGUACUGAGCCAGCGCAUUUUCUGCCCAACAAAAAUAAGCUUGAUACUUGCACGAUUUCUGGAAAAAUGAAAAUUCAGAGCAUUCCUGUCAGUUUACAACAGAAAAGAUUAUUAUUUCUGUAUAGCUUCAGUGAAAAAUAUCGUGAAUGUUAUAAACUACGCUUUGACAUUAUUUUUUACGGACGUUUAAAUUACAGAUUUUUGAACACAGCAAUAAAUUAUGUCAUGCGAAAGCAUCAAAUCUUGCGUACUAUUUUUCUACAAAAGGGAGCUAAUAUCGUUCAAGAAGUAACAUCUUUAACCGAGUGCUAUAUUAAUAUUUGUAGCAAAAAAUUUGGGACAGCAGAAAUAGAUCCUUCAGUCAAAUCGAAAACAAAUCAAAGAGUGAAUGCAUUAUACGAUAAUCCGCUUGUAACAAUCAAUUUUUCAAGGGACCAAAAGCUUACUUUAAUUUUCGAUCAUCUGAUUGUAGAUGGUCGUUCGAUCGCCAUACUUACCAAAGAUUUUGUCGAUUUUUACAAUCGACUUCUAGAUGAAGACAAUAUUUUUCCUAAUAUCAGCGAUCUGAGCAACACUUAUGCUGAAUUUUGCUCUCGCCAACAAAAACAGCUAGAAAACUUGGAGAGAGUACUGAAGAGUGAUGCUAGUUUGGCCUUCGUUUAUGAUGAAAAAAUUAGCAGUCAUUCUGUGGAGAAUAACCUCAGAGAAUUUCGAAGUUUGGAGGGAUUAAUUUGCAAACUUCGUGACUUUUCACCAAACUUGUUUACAGGAGACCUAUCGGAUGCAAAUACCAAUAUAAAAAGUCAAACUAUUCGUAUCAAAUUGCCACAGAAUUUGGAUUCUGUUAAAAGCUUUUGUGUGGAACAUGAAUGCACACUUUUUGCAUACUUGUUGUGCAAUUUUGCUCUAACAAUACGGCACUUAUUUGCUGCAAAAAAGUUUGCUGUUGUUAGUGCAGCACUGAAUCGCGCAAAGGAUACUAUUGACUGCGUGGGAUUAUUUGCCAAUAACGUAAUUAUUCCAAUAGACACAAAUUUUGAAAACAUUUCAGAAUUUAUUCACAAUAUCCAACAAAAUAUUGCUGAAUCUUUGCAAUUUCAACAUAUUCCUUAUGAAUAUAUUAUUCAAAGGUUGAAUCCCAAACGCAGUAUUGAUGGCUCCGAAAUUUAUCAGAUAUCAUUUGUUCUUCACAAUGCCUCUGCAAUGCAAUUACCAAAAAUAAACGGUGUUAAAGCAAUCGUGCAAGAAAUUAAUGCUAAUUAUGCAAAAUUCGAGCAAACAUGGUCUUAUACCGAAUUUUCGGAGUAUAUUGAGAUGGUGGUGGAAUACAGAAGUGCAAAAUACAGUACAUCAAUGAUGCAAAAGAUGAUGCAAGUGUAUGAAGAUAUGGCUUCAAUAGUAUUGAAGCAUGAAUCAUCAGGAGUGAAAGAUAUUCUGCAAUAUUCCAAAAUUAUAAGGGAAGAGGUAUUUCAAAAAAACCAAAAAUUAAAAGAAAGAAAAGAAUUGAAAGGUGGCUCAAAGCAACAAUGUCAGUUAGAAAGAAUCUUACUUGAGAUUUGGAAGAAAAUUUUGAACAAUCCAAAUGUUACCAUUUUCGACAAUUUUUUUGCCAAAGGUGGACAUUCUUUGCUGAUUGCGAAUAUUUGUUAUCACAUUAAAGAACAGAUAGACUUUGAAUGUUCACCACAGAUAAUAUUCAGAUAUCAGACCAUUCAGGAACUUGCUAAAUAUAUUCAAAGGAAACAGAAUCAAAAGCUUUCAAAGGUUUUUCCCAGGAAAUUUGAAGUUCCUGUCUGCCCUCUACAGGAAUCAUUGGCAAUAAUGUUUUACAAUGAAACUAAGAAAUCAAAAACUUCAAGUUUUCCUUUAGUACACUCUAAAAAUGAUCUAGCGAGAGCUUAUCAGACGGGUUUUUCGAUUUGCUUGGAAAAUGUUAAUUUGCUAAGAUUGAAGUAUACUCUGAAUUUAAUUAUUCUGCGGCACUGUGCACUUCGUACAACAUUCUACUGCCAAAAUAGAAAAUUUUUCCAAGAAAUCCAUUCUGGUUCUGAAGUUUAUGUUGCACCGCGAAAAAUUACCUCUGAAUUUCCAGAAAACAUGCCACUGAAUCCCUUCGAUAUGGUACCGAUUCUCUGCUGGUUAAAUGAUACUAAGGAUCAGUCAAAGAAAAAUGACCAGUUUGAGCUACACUUUCGAAUAAGUCACGCUGCUUGUGAUGGAAAAUCGUUAAAUAUAUUAGCUAAAGAGUUCCACUGUAUUUAUUUACAUGAUUUUGAACUUGAUUAUAAAAGUGAUAAUUUUCUAGAAUUCAGUAAACGGAUUCAGCAAAGGUUUUCUAAGCGUCGAACAGAAGUAUCAAAGUAUUGGUCAAAGAUUUUGAAAGGUUCACAAGCUUUGAACUUUUAUUACGACAAAGUAAUCGGAAACACUGCAAGCGGUAAUAAAUGCAAGUUUAUUUGCAAAACUUUUUCAAAAUUGUAUAAGAUAACAAGGAAAAUAGCCAACAAGUGUGGAUGCUCACCGUUUACGAUACAAAUGGCAGCAUUUAGCAAAGUAAUCUCUAUGAGAACAGAUCAAGCAUUUGAAGUACUAAUUGCAUGUCCAUUUGAUAUGCGUGACUGUGAAGUGAUCGGAAUGUGUAUCAACGUAUUACCAAUAUUGAUUGACGUUGGAGAAAGAACUUACCAAAAUUUGAUACAAAAUGUCGCCAAAUGCUUAACUGAUGCAUACGUAAACGCUGACAUCUCUAGCGUGGAAAUAGAAAAGAUAUGCACAAAGCAUGGAAUUUCUAACUUUAUUCAAGUUAUGAUUGUUGACAGUUUGGAUGAAACUUUCAGUAAGAAUUACCAAUUUUUGAAUAAUGAUAGUGAGUAUACAAAGUGUGCUUUGACGUUGUUUCUCACGCCUCGAGAUGAAGAUACAGUUGCGAAAAUUGAAUUUAAACAAGAUCUCUUUUAUAAUGAAUCAAUGAAUGCAAUGCUCAAUUGUUGGGCUAAAACAAUCGGAAAAAUGGAGUCCAUCAUAGUAAAUGGAAUUAAGGAAGCUGACGGUCGAAAUGUCAAAUUAGAUGAACGCCAAAGUCAUUUUCAUGAAAAUAAUUCUAAAGAGGAAAUGAAUCGAAACAAAGACAGAAACAGCGAAUUUAAUAUUUCAGCUACAGUUAAGAGAAAGAGUGAUUAUCCAAAAUUUAGUCUUCAGCAACUGAUUUCUGAUGCUUUUGAAAAUAACUCUAAAUCAGCAAUCAAUUCAGCUGUGAUUGGAAGUGAUGAAAAAGUUGAUUAUACCACUUUAAGAGAAAGGAUGUUAACGAUUUCAAGAGUUUUACAGCAAAAGGUUAUUCAGAUUACAGGCAGAGCAUUACGAGCUGAUGAUGUGAUAGCAAUUAUUGCUUCUAAUAGUAUCGAAACUUUAAUUAUAUGUUACGCAGUGAUUCUAGCCGGAGCUGCUUAUCUUCCCAUUGACUGCAUGAAUCCGAUGAAGAGAAUCUCAAAAGUUCUGGACCAAAUCAAUGCAGCAUUCUAUGUUGUCAUUAAAAACAAAUUAACUUUUAAUGAGGCAUUUCCAAACUUAUCUAAAAGUUAUUCAUUUCAAAAUGCUGUAGAACUGCAACUAACUGAUUCACAUAUUGCUAAAAAUUACUAUAUGUCUUACAGACAUUUUAAAACCCUUCCACUUGAUUUAGCCUAUGUGAUAUUUACUUCGGGAACUACCGGAAAACCUAAAGGAGUAGCAAUCAACCAAAAUGGCUUGCUUAACAUGGCAGUGGCAUGUACUCAAAACUUUUGGAUGAAGUCUGAAGACUGCGUAUACCAAUUCACAAACUUUGCAUUUGAUAACAGUGUUUUGGAAGUAAUAAUGGCCUUCGUUAAUGGUGCUUCGUUGCUUCUCCGAGAUAAUUUCUUUACGCCGGAUAAGUUUCUGAAUGAACUGAAGAGUUUCAGAAUCAGUCAUGCGCUUCUUUUUCCAGGUUUAGUGGAAUGUUUCACCACAGAGCAAAUUAGAGACUUGCGACAUCUUAGAUACUGGAUCGUUGGAGCAGAAAGUAUUAAUAACAGACUUUUAGAAUUUGCCCUAAAGUCUGGUGUAAAUAUUAUUCAGAAUUACGGACCAACUGAAACAACCGCUUAUGCGCUAAGUAAACGAAUGAAAUUGCUUGAUAAAGCCAAUAACAUUGGUCAAGGAAUAUUAAAUACUGAAAUUACAGUAAGAGAUUCUCAAGGAGAAGCUCUAACAUCUGCUUUUGCUGUUGGAGAGUUAGCCAUCACUGGAGAAGGAGUCAUGCGCGGUUACAUAUCUACUUCUACUGAUUCAUGCUCAAAAAUGAUAAACAGAAGAAGUGAGAGAUCGCAGAGAUUUAGCUUUAAUACAAAAGAUCUAGUUCGUCUCCAAACUAAUGAUGAUAUUAUAUUCUUAGGACGAUCUGAUGAACAAAUCAAAAUUCGGGGAAUUCGAGUAGAACUUGGCGAAAUUGAAAAUAUUCUGUGCAAGCAUUCUGACGUGAAAUCCGCUAAAGUGAUUUUAACAAAGGAUCAACAGCAACUAGCUGCUUUUAUUAUUCCUUCGUCCACAAGAAAUGAAUUAAAGUGGAGUACUUUGCGAAACUUUUUAUUACAAUAUUUGCCUUACUAUAUGGUGCCCAUCAGAUUUCACAGCCUUCAUCAAUUGCCGCUUACGAGAAAUUCGAAAAUUGAUGUAGAAGCUUUGAAAGCAUUAUUGCAUGUAGAAGAUAAAUCUGUAAUAGUGGAGGAUCUAGAAGUUGAAAACAGACUUCAAGCAGAGUUACUUGUCUUGUUCAGAGAAGUUCUCCAAAAUAGUUGUAUCACAACCCAGGACGACUUUUUUGCUUUUGGUGGAAAUUCAUUUUCAGCUUCAAAACUUGUUCAAAUGAUCCAAAAUAAAUUAACGUAUCACGUAGAUACAUCUGACGUUUUUCACUAUCGUAACGUAAAAAGGCUGUCGGUUUAUAUUGCUUCAGAAUCCUUAAAUAAACCAAAGAGUUCAAAGGUUGAUAAAAUUUCUGAUUCUUAUAAUGAGAAGAAGCCGUUAUUCGAUUUUAAUAAUAUUCCUCUUAGUUUUCAACAGCAACAAUUCAGAUUUCUAAAUGAAACCAAACAACGUCAAUGUUAUGAACUGAUAUAUAUACAGAAAUUCCACGUAUCCUUAAGUUUUCAUCAUUUAAAAUUGGCGUUUCUCCGUUUGAUCUUACGCCAACCUUCUCUACGAACAUUUUUCCCAGAAAGGAAUUUCGAAGCUUAUCAAGAAAUACUUUCCGGAACAGAGGCUUACUUUCAUAGCAGUAUAUUGCAAUGCAAUUUUCCAUCAACGAAUGCUGACAGCUACAUAGCAGAAAAAGUUGAGACUCUUCGAAAUUCUGAAAUUCUCUUUACAGAUACAUCUCCUAUUUUGUGCACUUUUUUAGUAGUCAGUAAUAUGUCUUAUGUUAUCCUACGCAUAAAUCAUAUUAUUAUUGACGCGUGGUCAACGGGCAUUCUCGAAAAUGACUUGACUGACCUGUAUCAGAAAGUAUUAAAAAAUAAUCUAUUCGAUAUCAGUUCAAAGCUGCAUUUUACAUACGCCGAAUAUUCCAUUGAACAACAACAACAAAAUAAUCUGCUAGAAAAACUGGCAAAUGCUUAUGCUGAUAAGAUCAUGAAGUGGAUUGCAAAGAAACAAGACUGCAAUCAAAUUUACAAAAAUUGGAAAUGUACUGAUAUUAGUGCUGAAUGUAGCAGUCAGAAGUCAGAUGAACCUCUGAAGAUAGAAGACUCUGGAUUAUACUUCGAGACAAGAUUUACUGUUGACAUAGCAAAAGUUCAGAAUAUCAGCCAUCAUUUCGGAGUCACUCCACUUGUAGUCUUUCUUAGUUCCUUCACUUUGGCUUUACAUGAAAUUUCAGCUACAAAUCAGCUGAUUAUCAGCAUUCCCAUAGCAAAUCGCACUUUGAAAACUAAUCAAAUUAUAGGUAAUUUCCUCAACAACUUACUCGUACAAAGCGAGCAUGAUAGGGUUGUUACAGUUGAUGAGGGUAUUAGUAAUGAGAAUGAAGUUAAUGUCAAAAACUCAGUUGACUUUGAAAGGAAGGAGUAUUCUCAAAGUCACUUGAAAUUAAUUAAGAAGCAUAUCAGCAACAUUAGCGCAGCAGUUAACGAAGUUCGUCAAUUUGAACAAAUACCCUUUGUUAUUCUUUUCAAAGCGAUUCGAAGUAAACUGAAGAAGUUUGACCCAGCAAGUUUAGAAAUGCUUGAUCGUCUACACAAAACUGUAUUCUUUAAUUUUCGUUAUGGACUAGAGGAUAAUCGUGAGUGUAUACUAGGUGAAGGUGAAGUACACGCACCACCCGACUGCAUCCAUGAAAUUGAAGUAGAAGUUGACCAAUCAGAAAAGCGAUAUUUAUGUCGACUUCGAAUGCAAAAUCGUCAAAGUAAGAAAAAACACUUACUGCAAUUACAUCAACGAAUGGUUGCAUUGCUAGAGAAGACUUUGAUCAGUCAUGAAGUACAGCGACAAAUAAGUGAGAUAAUUAAGAACAAAAGUAUUGAUAAUAACUCAUCACUAUAUUUCGCACAAUCACCAGAGAUAAAGGAGACUGAUUCAGCACUGCGGAGAAUCUGGGCUGAGUGCCUGAACAAAAAGACAAUUAGUGAUGAAGACAAUUUCUUUUUGGAAGGCGGGAAUUCCAUGUUAACGCUUAAAUUAAAGCGGCAAAUUCAGGCAGAAUUUAAUAUCCCUAUUGAAAUCGAGGAGAUAUUCAAAAACAGUCACUUUACGCAUAUGAGAUGCUUAAUAAGUCAACGAUUACACGACAAACACCGCAAUUUCUUGCCAGAAAAUUCAAUAAAAACAAACCAAUCUGUGCAUGAAGGAUGCAAAAAUUUAAUAUUGGCAAGUACACUAAACCAAGAUUUCGCUGCAAAAGCUACAGACUUACAUAGAUUUGAGGACAAAAAUGCUGUUCAUGUAUUUUAUCAAAACGAAUCUAACGCUACUGGCGAUAUAAUUGUCUUUUUUCAUGCAUUAAUUGGUGGCGUGACUGUGACGUACGCACCAAUAGUGCGCCAAAUGCUAUUGAAACAUUCAAGACCUUUUAAGAUAAUCGGUAUUGAACAUCCCGAUACUUUUUCAUACGGAUAUUUGAGAAACCCAAAUCUUUACCGGUCUAUUGAAAGCUUAUGUUCCAAAUACGUUCAAGAUAUGCGCACACAUUUAUGCAAAAAUAGAAAGACUAUAUUUAUCGGUGCAUCAUUCGGUGCUGUUUUGGCUUAUCAAUGUGCAAAUGAACUGGACCAACAGGAGGCUGGAAUUUUGCAAAUGUGUGCAAUUCACUGCAAAAUUCCGAUACUUUGCAGAUUCUUUAUUUCAGGUAUUCGUGUCAAUCAACUGAUAUCAAUUGAUGGAGUGGCUUGCUGGAACUCUACAGAACAAAUGCCAUCGUACAAGCAACAUCGUUCACAAAUCAUGAAAUUCAUCAAGAUUCGCACAGGGCAGAUGGAAAUCAACAGCAAAAUGAAGGAAGCGAUGAUCGACAAUGCAUGGGAAUUGCUGAAAAUGAUGCGAAUAUACAGCCCAAGAAGCCUUAAAGAUCCUUCCAGCCUCCAUAUAACUCUAUUAAAAUCAAACGUUAGAAGCAGUCUACAUGAUGACUAUGGAUGGACGCAAUUAUGCGACACAACGGUCAUAAGCAUCCCUUUCUCACAUGAAACAAUGUUUGAUGACGGCACUGCUGUUAUGAUUACAGACAUAAUUAUAGAGAGUAUAGCCAGAAAUAGAUAA